CCGGACUUUUCCUCCGCUGUCUUUCUCUUUCUCUCCCCGUUUGGGUCUUUACUCUUUCCCUCCAAAGUAAAACCCUCACGAAAUAGUAACACAUGCCAAAUCUAAGCUCUUAAACCCCUCUCUCUCUCUCUCUCUCUCUCUCUCUCUCUCACUCCACAGUCCACACACACAUGUUAACUAUUUCUAGAAUGAAGUCCAUCCUAACUCCAACGUUGUCAGCCUUCACUUUUCAACUCCCCAAGACCGCUCAUCUUGCCCUCCUCACCUCCAAGUCCUUUCCAUGCAAUCCCAACCCUACAACAACUCUCCUUCCCCUAAAACCCACAACCCUUUCUCCCACUUGUUCGAUUCAUUCAAUCCAAAGUCGCGAUGUGCACAUGGAGCCGGCGACUCUUCCGCCGGAGUUUCCCGGAGAGAUUCACGUGAUCGUUGGCCCGAUGUUCGCCGGAAAAACCACCACCCUUCUUCGUAGAAUUCAAUCUGAGAGCAGCAAUGGCAGGAAGAUUAAGGGAAGCUGUGGGGCUUUUGUGCACUGUGGGAGCGAGUGUGAGUGGAACCAGGAACUUAUGCUCUUCUAUUGCAGGAAUGCAUAUUCAGAAAAGAGUACAAGAAGGGUAAAAGAAUCCCAUGCACUAAUGGUUGUUGUUGGAUAUGAUCCCAAUGAGUAUUCGAAGACAAAGUUGUUGAUAUUAUAUGUGAAAUCAGGGGAUCUAGGAACUGCUCACAUUCUGUUUGAUAAUUUGCGGGAGAAAAGCUUGGUUUCAUGGAAUGCAAUAAUUGCAGGUUAUGUGCAAAAGGGGCUUGAAGAAGUAGGGUUAAAUCUUUAUUACAAGAUGAGACAGUCUGGUUUUAUACCAGACCAGUAUACCUCCGCAUCAGUGAUCCUGGGCUACUUUAGCAACACUUAAGCAUGGGAAACAGGCCCAUGGUGUCAUGAUCAAGUGUCAAAUUAGGGAAUAUGUGGUAGUCAAUAGUGCCCUCAUGGACAUGUACUUUACAGGCAGUAGUUUAUCUGAUGGGCAUCAGGUAUUUGACAAGUCUUUAAAUAGGAAUGUUGUUAUGUGGAUUGCUUUAAUCUCUGAAUAUGGUCAGCAUGGAAAAGUUGUAGAGGUUUUGGAAUCUUUUCAUGGGAUGAAAAAUGAAGGCCUCAAACCAAAUUAUGUUACUUUUCAUUCAGUUCUUUCUGCUUGCAGCCAUGGAGGCUUAGUUGAUGAGGGUUGGGCAUAUUUUUCAUCUAUGACCAAAGAUUAUGGAAUUCAGCCAAGAGGACAACAUUAUGCUGCUAUAGUUGAUCUUUUAGGGCGUGCUGUCGGUAACAAGAGGUGUAUGAGUUUGUUCUGGACACACCUUCUAAGGAGCACUCAGUGAUGUGGGGUGCUUUGCUUGGGGCUUGUAGGGUUCAUGGAGACAUGUACUUGGUAAAGCUUGCAGCAAAGAAAUUUUUUGAAUUAAAACCCAAAAAUCCUGGAAAGUAUGUGGUCUUGUCUAAUGCUUAUUGCUUAUGCCACCUCUGGGUUUUGGGACAAUGUUAUAGAGGUUAGGGCUGUGAUGAGGGAAUUGGGGAUCAUAAAGGAGCCUGGUUAUAGCAGAAUAGAGGUUCAAAAUGAGGCCAAAUUCUUUUUUAAGGGUGAUAAAUCUCAUAAGCAAUCUAAGGAGAUAUAUGAGUUGAUCAGAGAAAUGACUUGCAUUUUAAAGGAUGCAGGUUAUGUUCCUGAUCUAAGUGACAACUAACUCAUGUCAUGGAAAAGGCUCAUUUCCUGUGAUUAUCUCUCUUUGUGAAGCAGGGCCAUUUGAGAGAGUAAGAGAUGUAUGCCUAAAACCUUAGUGCUUUCAUAAAUUUUAUAGAAUCAGGAAGACCGCUAAUGGGUGAGCCUCAAUGGAUAUCAGUUACAUGCCAAAUAUUUUCUAAUUAGACAUUAGGGUCAUUUAUUUAUUGCAUUCUUCAGGAAUGUUAAAAAAAAAAAAAUCUGUGCCAAAGAAAAUCAUUUAGUUUCAGUUUAUAAACUCGGUACAGAAACAAUAGAGCCAGUUCAACUGCCAAGCAUGUUGGUUGAUCUGUUCAGUGUCCUGAUAAUGCCGAAAAAGAUUGCAUUUUGUAAUGCAUGUUGAUCCUUUUAGAUGCAUCUAUGUGUUCAGUCUGUUCAGGUUUUAUGAUGAUGUGUAAAGGUAAAAAUAUGUUUUGUCUAAUACUAGAAUUCACAGACAAUCUAGAUCAAUGACAAGUUUAUAAAAAUUUGCAUAAUAUGAUAUGACAUAUGAGAAGCCAGCCCCAAAAUUUUGGGAUUAUGGCUUGGAUGUUGUAUUUUUUGUAUGAUAUGGUACAUGAUCAAUGACAAGUGCAUAAUAUUUUGCAUGAUAUGAUAUGAUAUAUGAGAAUUCAACCCCAAAAUUUUGGGAUUAAGGCUUGGUUGUAUGAUCUGAUAUAUAUGAGAAAUGCAGCUGUUUAUUCCUGGCAUUUCUUACUCUGCUUAUCUCAAGUUCCCAAACUAAAUUUAAAUCAUAUAAAAAGAAUUUCAAAAUCAAAACAGAAGCUUUCAAAUUAUGUGUCAUUUUUGCAAGAUAUGGAAUCACUCCUCCUUAUUGCUUCCUCAAUCUUUUCUCAGUUCUCAUCCUUCUAGAAAUUACACAGUCCCCUCCCUUAACCCUCUUUAUCCAUAUACACAUCUAAAGUCAUUUUUUGCAAGAUCCAUAUCACUUCAAAUCAAACCCAUUAUUUUUCUCAAGAUAUGUUGGAUAUCAUAAAACUUAUCAUUCUCAAUUUCAUCUCUUAACAUUUAUGAGAAGUAAUUGAUGUCAAACUUCAUUGAAUUUAUUUGCAUAAUGAACUCAUCUUGUGCCCAGUCAAGUUUGUAAACGUAUUAUGUUUGACUAAGUUUGUUAUUUGCCUCUAAAUCUAGGUCUGUUCUUAAUGUUCUGCUACAUUGAAGCUGAAAAUAUUGUGUCAGGACCAGAUUUGGAUUUCUUCCAUUUGUCUCUGAAGCUUUUGAUUUUAACUAAUUUGCAACUCUGGGAGCUGCUAUCACCAUAGUUGAUAUUGCUGCUUCAAGAGAUACUUCAACUAUGUGAAGCAUCUUACUGCACACCCAUGCCAACUACAAAAACGCCAAAACUUUUGUUGGAAAAAAAUUUCCUUGCUUCUUUUUGCUAAUACAGGGCAGCAAGUAUUCAAAUACCUGAUUUUACUGAAUAAUGUUAAACUUAUAUUUGAAAUUAUUCCUAUGAUUUUUUAUUUCUAUUUUGCAUGUCU